AUGGCCAAGUUCCCGACACAGCCCGGUUGCUCGAAGUGCCGCUACGCCAAGCGCGGAUGCAGACGAUGCGUCGAGAAUUUUGUGCCCGCGUCCGCGGUCCGGGCGGCGAAGGUGGCCGAGAAGGCCGUCGCGCCCGCUGCGAAGCCCAGCCUCACGUCGCCCCUGGCUGAGAGGGACCCGAACGUGGUCGAGAAGCGACCCCGCGGCAGGCCCCCCAAGUCCGCGCAGAAGCCCGCUAACGGCGUCACGCCGAAGACCCCUAAGACGGUGCAGAAGACAACGGAGGCGAAAGUGGCUCUCGCGUCGCCGCCGUCGCCCGCGAGCGCGAUGGGACUGGCGACGGCGCAGAAGAAUGCGAGCACGCACAAGCGCAAGCCGACGGCCUCCGAGCCGGCGACGGCGACGAAGCGCGCGGCUGUCGACGUGGGCGUGCGUUGGGCGGACAGACUGGAGGCGUACGAUGAUGAGGCGAAGGCGACGGCGACGGCGGUGACGACGACGAUGAAUGAUACGGCGAACGCGAGAUUGGGCGCGGCGGCGAUGGUCCCGGGUCUGGACGAUGAAAUAACCAUCGCCGCGAUGGGCGGCGUGGGCAGGUACGGCGACCGCUCGGAUGAGGACCUUUGCGACUUCCCGCCGGAGCUCAGGGAGGCGUUGAAGAAGGUGUCGGCGGGACUGGUGCUAGGGUUGCACCCCGUGACUCUCGACCGCAACGCCGCCGAUGACGACGACGACGACGACGACGAGGAGGGGGUGGAGACUGGUCUGACGGCGGAGGAAGAGAGAAGAAGGACGCAGGUGGCGCAGCUCGCGGCGGGCACGCUGAACCUGGCGAACAGGUUACGAACGCUGCAACAGGGCCCCGCGCUCGUGCACUGA